CCACCCCCACAAACCCCCCACUGCCAAGAACGGCCCCGAACCUCGCCAAAAAAAAAGCCCGCACCACCUCUCCUCCCCCGCCGCCACCGCCGGCAACCACCGGAUCCGGAGAAGAAAGAGGCAGCGCCCGGCGAAGCGAAGCGGGGGAAGAGAUGGUGGGCACUCCGUCCUCGCCGGUGGUGAACGUGUACCCGCUCGCCAACUACACGUUCGGCACCAAGGAGGCCAAGAUGGAGAAGGACACCUCCGUCGCCGACCGCCUCGCUCGCAUGAAGGUCAACUACAUGAAAGAAGGAAUGCGAACAAGUGUUGAAGCAAUCCUAUUGGUGCAAGAGCACAACCACCCCCACAUACUGUUGUUGCAAAUUGGAAACACAUUUUGCAAACUUCCCGGUGGACGGUUGAAGCCUGGAGAAAGUGAAAUUGAGGGCCUGAAAAGGAAGCUGUGCAGCAAGCUUGCAGUUAACUCACCUUCCUUUCCACCUAACUGGCAGGUUGGAGAGUGUGUUGCUGAAUGGUGGAGGCCAAACUUUGAAACCGUGAUGUAUCCUUACUGCCCUCCACAUAUAACAAAGCCCAAGGAGUGCAAGAAGCUUUUCAUUGUUCACCUAACUGAAAGGGAGUAUUUCGCUGUUCCAAGGAACUUGAAGCUACUUGCUGUUCCACUGUUUGAACUAUAUGACAAUGUUCAGCGGUACGGACCAGUGAUUUCCACCAUCCCGCAGCAGCUGUCCAGGUUCCAGUUCAACAUGGUGAGCUCGUAAUCAAUGGUGGCGAUGAGAUGCGAGGAUUAGUCGAGUAUAAGAUGUACUGAGAUGGAUCUUGGACGAAGCACCAAACUACUAGAUGCUGAUCAACUUAGCAUGACUCGUUAUUUAGUCGCCGAUUUUCAUAAACUAGAUGCUCAUUCCGACUGCCUUUUAUUUGGCGACGCGUGCUGUUAAUGAAGCUCAGGCCGGUUAGAUACGUGGUGUAUUAUUGUUUGGAUGGUAAUCGGUUGUUCCUCCGGUGCGGUGCGGUGCGCUAAUCUGUUCCUGUGUACGUACUGUAGGCGAUGGCCGGAGAUGUAUGCCUGUAACGUACGUACGUAGGCGAUGCAUGCCUGUAAUUGCUAUGGUCUGCUGUAGUACUAGUGGCUACGGUGCAUGGGUUCGUCGUCACUGACGCUAUGCAUUUUAUGCAGUUGCUGGCUUGUCA